AUGGGCGGUCAUUUAUUGGAUUUAAGGUCUCAGCUUGGAUUUUACAAGUUUUACCAUAACAACCCUAAAAACGUCUUCAUUCACUCAAUAUUUGUUCCCACGAUCCUAUUUAGUAGUUGUUGUAUGCUCCAUAGAGUUACCAUUUACCAUGGUAUUUCGCUAACUGCCCUUUUAAGCGUUUUUUUUUUCCUAUUUUAUUGCCUUCUGUACUUACCCACAGGCCUAUUAGCGGGUCUUCUUUUACUUUUAUUGAAUCUUGCGCUGGUUGAUCAUAGGAUUCAUUUAUCGUUUAAGCAGGAAGUAAGUUUAUUUGUUAUUGGUUGGAUUUUCCAAUUUAUUGGUCACGGUGUCUUUGAGAAAAAGAGACCAGCGUUAAUUGACAAUGUGGUUCAGAGCCUGGUACUAGCACCGUACUUUAUAAUGUUCGAGUUUCUCUUUAAAUUGGGUUUCAUGCCUCAGUUAAAGGCAACGCUGGAACAUGAUCUUGAAAUCAAACGAAGAAAUUUUGGUAAACAAAAAUAA